GUGGAGGCUUGCAGCAUGGCAGAGCACAAGGGCAAGGCAAGAGACGACUUGACUGUGAAUCAGGCUCGUCCCGCUUCCACAGAACAGGGGGUUCGACAAAAGUACGGUGGCUUGUUCUGCAGCGUGCGUGAUGCCUUUGACAGUAAGACAAUAGACUUCGAUGCCCUCAGCGUGGGCCAGAAGAGGGGCCUCCGGGCAUCCAGCAGCCCAUAUCCAACAAGUCCGGAUGUCGGCUCUAGUUCUGAGGGGAUGAGAUCCAGCAAAGGGUCUGGUUCCCUUCUGAACUGGCAGGACGAGAAGAGCGACCGACUCCUGAUCAAAGGCGGCCGGAUUGUCAAUGACGACCAGUCCUUCCAUGCAGACAUCUACAUGGAGGAUGGCCUCAUCAAGCAGAUCGGCGACAACCUGAUCGUGCCCGGCGGGGUGAAGACCAUCGAAGCCAACGGCAAAAUGGUGAUCCCCGGUGGCAUCGACAUUCACACCCACCUCCAGAUGCCAUACCGUGGGACCACCACCGUGGACGACUUUGCUCAGGGGUCCAAGGCAGCUCUCGCCGGGGGCACGACCAUGAUCGUGGACCAUGUGAUCCCAGAAGCGGGCAGCAGCCUGCUGGAGGCCUACGACCAGUGGAGGCAGUGGGCUGACGAGAAGGCAUGCUGCGACUACUCUCUCCAUGUGGACAUCACCCACUGGAACGACAGCGUCAAGCAGGAGGUGGACAACUUGAUGAAGGACAAAGGAGUAAACUCCUUCCAGGUGUACAUGGCUUACAAGGACUACUACCAGAUGAGCAACAGCGAGCUCUAUGAGGUGUUUACCUUCUUGGCGGAAAGGGGGGGCAUCGCUCAGGUCCAUGCGGAAAAUGGAGAGAUCAUUGCAGAGGAGCAGGCCCGUAUGCUGCAGAUGGGAAUAACUGGACCCGAGGGGCACGUGCUGAGUCGGCCGGAAGAGCUGGAGGCGGAGGCCGUGUUUCGAGCCAUCACCAUCGCCAGCCAAACCAACUGUCCCCUCUAUGUGACCCGCGUCAUGAGCAAGAGUGCCGCCGACAUCAUCUCGCAGGCCCGCAAAAAAGGAAACGUCGUGUUCGGUGAGCCAAUCACGGCCAGCCUGGGCACGGACGGUACGCAUUACUGGAGCAAGAACUGGGCCAAGGCGGCUUCUUUUGUAACAUCGCCACCUCUCAGUCCUGACCCCACUACUCCAGACUACCUAAACACGCUUCUGUCCAGCGGAGACCUGAGUGUGAGCGGCAGCGCUCACUGUACGUUCAGCGUGGCUCAGAAGGCCAUCGGAAAGGACGACUUCACUCAGAUCCCGGAGGGGGUCAACGGGGUGGAGGAGAGGAUGAGCCUCAUUUGGGACAAAGCUGUGACGACAGGCAAGAUGGACGAGAACAUGUUUGUGGCGGGUACCAGCACCAACGCGGCCAAGAUCCUCAACCUGUACCCACGCAAAGGUCGGAUUGCCGUUGGCUCCGAUGCCGACCUGGUCAUCUGGGACACCGACGCCAUCCGAACCAUCACGGCCAAGAAACAUAACUCGGCCGCCGAGUACAACAUCUUCGAGGGCAUGGAGCUGCGUGGCGCCCCUCAGGUGGUCAUCUGUCAGGGGAAGAUCAUCCUGGAGGACGGAAACCUCCACGUGACCUCGGGCAUCGGCCGUUUCAUCCCCUGCACGCCGUUUCCCGACUACGCCUACAAGCGUGUCAAAGCCAGGAAGCAGCUGGCCGUCCUGAGGGCAGUGCCCCGGGGAAUGUACGACGGCCCCGUGUCGGAAUUCUCCAUGUCGCGUGGCGGCACCCCGUCCGCCUCGGCGCGCACGUCGCCCACCAAGCAGCCCGUCAGGAACCUGCACCAGUCUGGAUUUAGUCUAGCAGGUAACCCUGCGCCAUGCGGCCCCCCUACUCCUGAUGACGCCCCCAUCAGGCCUGCCGGUCGUCGUGCAAUGGUGCCCCCUGGUGGCCGUUCCAACAUCACCUCCCUCAGUUAAAACCCCUCACCUCCCUCCCUCGCCCGUCCAAGGAGGACUUCAUGUGUGCCUCCAGAGCCAGAGUGUGUGUUCAUGUGUGUGAGCGUGGGUAGAGCUGACUCGAACGACCAUGAGUCAUUAAAAAAAAAAAAAACGCUGACUAUACUGUACAUGCCUUACCUGCCGCUAUGCUAGAGUUUGGUUGCUCAAAUGGAAACAAAAUUGGGGAUUUGGGCAACGGCAAAGAAUUUCAAUGAGUCGUUUUUCAUUUGAUUUUAUUUUGAAAUGAUAAAACAACCAAAGCACAACCAGUCUCAGCCUUUCUUCUCAACAGUUAAAUAUGCUAGAGAUUCUGUACUGGUGCUCUUGGUAGUUGGUGAACUAAUUCAUCUGUUAAAAAUAAGAGUAAACUACCUGGUCUAAAAUGACAUAUACGUUCAUCCUAAUUGGCUUUCCAUGUAUCCAUUGUAAAUACACUCGACGUCAUGUAGCUUUGUGAAUGAUGUUGUGUAGCUUGUUUUUUGAGGGGGGGGAAUGAUUAAUAAAGGUACUUGUUGAUCCGAGAGGAGAUUUCAAAGUGAAGGACAUGGAACUGCAUGGGCCACAUAAAUUCUGGUGACGUGAUCCAUGAUUCUUUUCAAUUCAUCUCCAUGGUGACCCCCCAUCCAUGUGAUGUAAUAAAACUAUGGGAAUUUGUCAAACGUAGCAAAAGGAACACCAUGGUAUUGUUUUAAAAAAAAAAAGAUUAAUUUCUUCACACUUGUUAAUGUUUUACCGGAGUUCACCUUGAAAAUGACUUAAGAAAACAAUUCUAAGAUGUGUAUAUGUGACCCCAUAUAGUACAAAAGAAGAAACCCUGUCAACUCUCUGGCUCAACUUUCCUUACCAACAUCAACUUCCCAAUGGAUCAUUCUCAUGCAACCACGUAAACAUUAGCCUCCUAAUAUUCCACAGAAGAUUGAAAGUCAAACGUAUCCCGCUGCAGAAGGAGGAAGGAAAGAAGAGGAAGAAGAUGCUGUUUUUGUUUGACUCGGAGGCAGGAAUCUACAACGGAGUACAUUAGGGCCACACUGCAAAGGAAGAAAAAAGUAGAAAUGGAAAAACAAAAUUUUUAAACGUUUUUAAUUUUAUGAGAACUAAUUUUCAUGAGAGGAAAAUUACACACCACAUUGUGUGUUUGCGGUGCAUUUAAAGUCACAUCCCAAAAAUUGUGUUCCACUCUAGUGUGUUUCAGAAAUUAAUCCAACACACUCGAGUAAAAACAGGUCUUUGGAUAGGUUUGCAUUUUUUUUUUCUCCGUAACAAACAUUUUCUUUUCAGUGUGGCCCUAAAACAUCUUGAUAGAAAUCAAGCAGGUUUUUUUUUGUAUUUAUAGUAGUUUGUUUUUAUCUUUUUCUUUUCUACUGUUGUAUCAACCCCGAAAAUGGCAGAGUUGAAAAAAACAAGACGUGUUGUGGUGGUCUGACUUGAUUCUGGAAUAAAAAUAAGAGUUGCAAAUGA